AUGGAUGCUGAAAGUCGCAAGGAGGCCGCCGAGGCCGCCAUUCUGGCUGCUGUCAAUGACGAUUCCCGAAGUAAUGCCAUUCUCAUCGUCACCUCGGUCUUCUUCGCCAUCUCGCUCGUCAGCGUCUGUCUACGAAUCUUCGUUCGAACCCGGGUUGUGCGAGCUUUCGGGUGGGAUGAUAUCACUAUGGUGAUUGCGAUGGCCUUGAAUUUGGGGUUUGCAGUCUGUGGUAUCGUUGGAGCGAAGAACGGAAUUGGCCGGAAGCUGGCAUAUUUUGAAGCCUAUCCCGAUCAUUUCAAUCGCGCGCUGCUGUGUUGGUGGCUCGGGCAGAUCUUCUACGUAAUCACCUGUGUUGUCGCUAAGAUCUCAAUCAUCAUCACCCUCCUGCGAAUCACCGUUGAUCGGAUUCACGCCUAUAUCCUUUACGCCGCAAUCUCGCUAGCCACCGUGGUUGGUUUGAUCUUCCUCUUCUUCACGAUAUUCCAAUGCACUCCGGUCGACCACUUCUGGCACCAACUCUCCCCAACCGGACACUGCGUCGCGAAGAAUGUCCUCAUCGGCAUCGCAUAUCUGUAUAGUAUCGGAGCCGCCAUCACCGAUCUUACGAUUGGAUUGCUUCCAGUCGCCCUGAUCUGGAAUUUGCGCAUGAAUUCCCGCACCAAGACCGCCAUCGUCGGCAUUUUGGGCAUUGGUUGCAUUGCUUCCGCAGCGGUCAUUAUUCGCAUUCCAUUUGUCCACCACUACCAAGACACGGAAUUUCUAUACAAUACCUAUCAAAUCUCCAUCUGGUCGAACGUCGAAGCCGGUCUUGGCAUCACCGCCGGCUGUCUCACCACCCUCCGCCCCCUCAUCCGAUUCCUCCGCGAUGGCUCCUCCGCCUCACGCAGUCGCCCCCGCCCCGGCUCAUUUCCCUUGUCGAGCCACGUAGCGCAGAACAAAUCCUCGCGGUCUCGCCACGGCGACGGCGCAGACCAGCUUUGGACCGGCACCGACGCCGACGACUACCAUGGCGUGACAACGACAAUCAUGGGGACGCAGCGACCGAAUCCAAGAAGCAGUAGCGAGGAAGAUCUCAAUCCGAAUCAAGGAUGGAAAGUCGAGCGAUCGGUGCGGGUGUCUGUGCGCGAUGAUUCAUGA